AAGCAGGUGAAUUCCAGAGCGUAGUCUUCAGCCCUCUUGACCUCAUGAAUAUUACAUCAGUGGACUGAGGGCAUGUAGAAGAGUAGAUGAAAUAUUUACUACUGUACCACCUCCACCUCCACCUCCAUUCUUGUUUUAGGCAAGUGUUUGUUCUAACUAUGAUGAACCACUGUGUAAAUGGCUGGCCUUUAUGUGCAAAUUAACCCUUAAAAGCAUGCAUGUUUUGCAAAUUAUUCAUACAUGCCUUGGAUUUACAAAUUGCCCAUAUGCAAAAAUGUCAACCUUUGAAAAGUCAAUAAAAUAAUAAUAUUGAAUAGAUAUUUUAUUUGUCACGUAUCACAUAGAUAUUGCAUGAAAUUAUAGAGCAGGAUUCAUUACUUCUGUACUGCACUUAUAUUUUGAAUCACAACAAAACAUAGGCCUACUGAGCUAUCCAACUUAUUUUUCAACACGGAAGCAAGCUGUUUUCUAUAAAUGUGCAGGACUUCCGAUUCAUUAGCCGCUAUUGGAAAAUAAUGAGAAGAAUAUCAAAGUGCAGUAAUAAGUUAAACUGUUUGAGCUACAAACCAGCGUGUUUAUAAUUAAGACAAUACAUUUAAAUAAUAAAGAAAAAAAAGAAAGAAAAAAAGACAGUUUGCAGUUGCAAGCAGCAGAACUGUUUUGUACAGCUAAAAAUAGCUGGAAAUGACACUGGAAGCCAGAAACAUUAAAUUUACAAAUGGUUGCUUCCAUUCUUGCACAAAAAAUAAGGUGGCUACAUAGAAGAAUGCUGUACAUAGGAAAUUGCACAUUGUUCACUUAUUUUGCACCAGUCAUUGGUUUACUUUCACACUAACAACAUGACAUGAUCAAUGUUAUUUAUAAAAUUUUCUGAAUUUCUUCUUAGACAGUUUAUCACAGAAAAGCUAUGGAAUGUUUAAGUGGUAGGGCCAAAAAAAGUGGAUGUGAUAAAGAGUGGAAUAAGGUUCACUAAAGGGCUAAUGCAGUAUUUGUGCAUAAAAUAUGCUGCAUUAAGAACUGUAUUUAUCCAAAAUAAAUAAGGUCUGAGCACGGUGAUUGUGUAGUGUAGGAUUUAGAGGGUUUAAAUUAAUCUGGAAGUAAUUACCAAUGUAUGAGAUUUAAAAAAGCUAGGCCUAUGGUAGUAACUGAACUGAGCACUGGAGGUGUCUAAAUAAAUAAACAAACAACUAAACAAAACUUUAACUGUAAUCUUGUAUAACAUUUUAGUGGUAAAUUGUAUAGAUGCUGCUCAUAUUAAUUUUAGCAUAUAUUUCGAAUCAUAUACAAUACAUUACAUAGCGUUCAUACGUAUUUUGAGUCCUUAUUUGUCACUGGCCCGUGUAGGGCGGAAGUGGUUGGUGACGCAGUUCUGCCACCUUGAGGUCAUAAUAAUGAUAUUGCAACUACAAUUUGGGUGAGACGUAUUCACUGUGCGCACAGUACAGACUUUGUAGACGGUGUGCUUUUAGUACGGAAGACAUAGGGCCUUUGAAAAUAUUGAAAUUCCGUGUUUAUGAUGUUUCUAGGCGUUUUGAGGUUUCUACCAUCUGAGCAAGUGACGGAGCUGAAGACUGACACUUUAAAAAUGGCGACCCGCGCUGAAAUCUCCUAACAUGAAGCAUCGCAUGGUAAAAAUUCAUUUUCUCAGUAACGUUACCGUGGAAUCAGAUACAUUCAGACGGAUGAGCGCAUUUAUACCGGUGUGACGGGAUGAUGGACGAUCAGCUGGUCACUGUUUGACAGUAGAUUGAAUUGGUCACAGAAUGGAGGUUCCUGCAGUAAACCACAGCUAUACACAUCCACCACCGCAGCCAUGGGCCGGACAGAGUCCCAGGUCCCCAACCAUGCCUCCACCCAGCUGUCCACCUCCUUCAUAUCACUAUCCAAACCUGAACCCAGAUCAGCAGAGUGUGACCCCAAUGACCCACACGACAGGAACCGCAGCAGGUCAUCGGCCUCAGUCACUAUACUGGGACCCCUCACAGCAAAGCUACCAGGGUGUGUUAAAGCCUGUUCCUGAGAUCACAAAUAUGAUGAAUCAAGGAUUGCCACAGAGAAGCUACUCAUUACCAACGAGUCCAGUGUCAAAUUCUAAGACAGAGUCUCGGUAUGGCCUGGAUCCUCAGCUUCUACCCAGUGUGGUUCAGGUGAUUAAAGAGGACAGGAUCCAGUGGGAGGGGAAAGUGUUUGUUUCAGAAUGCAAAUCUUCAGUUCCCCCUCUCUCCUCAACACAAUGCACCCUGGAGGACAGAGGUAAUGCCACACCUCGUUUUAUCCGCUGCACGUCCUACAGCUUCCUUGUGGAGGCUCAGUCAGCUCAGAAGAGUCAUCUCCCGCUGGGUGCAAUCGUGUGUCCGCUGGCCAGGCCAGAAAAAGGAGAACGUGAUGUGCCAGUUUGUGAGGCGGGAGAUUGUGUUAAGGGCUGUGCACACUGCGGGGCCUUCAUGAGCCCUGCUAUGAGCUGGCAGGACUGCGGGCAAAGAUUCUACUGUCCUUUCUGCGACAAACUCAAUGAAGUGCCAUGGCAGUCCUAUCAGCCCACUAAUCAGGGUCGCCGUGUCGACUGCGAAAAUAAACCUGAGCUCAGUCUUGGCUCAUAUGAGAUCCUGGAAAAACAGACGGGUAAAGCUGCUGUGUUGCUGCUGGCGAUAGAUGUAUCUGCCAGUGCGAUGAGAACAGGCCAGCUAGACCACAUUUGUAAGCAGAUUUGUUCUCAAUUGCAAGCUUUAAAUGGGCCUGAAGAAACUGAUCGAUCAGAUCUUCGAGUGGGUUUGAUGACCUAUGACAGCCGGAUCCAUCUGUAUAACCUGAGUCCAGCUCUGUCCCGCCCUCACAUGAUGGUCAUCACUGACUGUGAGGAGCUGGAACUUCCUGUGGUGGAGGGCCUGCUGGUGCAACUGAAAGACUGCAGACACAUUCUUGAGAGAGUUCUACAGGAAAUUUCAAUUUUCAACCCUGAGUCGGAUAGGUCUGGCUCACAAGAGCUUUCUGUUUCUGCAGGGCUGAAGAUUCUUCAGGAUGCAGCGUCUCCAGGCAAAUUAUUGAUCUUUCAUUCCUCACCUGUUUCUGAAGGCUCAAAUCAGAAAAGCUCCUCUGGCUUCUUCAGCUCUAGCAAAGUGAAGUCCAUCUUCCAAGGACCAGAUUCUUCGAUCUCAUUGGCUAAAGAAUGUGUCAAUCAAGGCUGCAGUGUGCACAUUUUUGUGUUCUCCCAUCAAGAAGUUGGUGGGGCUUGGCCGGGGCACAUCCCCUUUCUCACAGGGGGUGGGGUCAUCUGCUAUAACAGUCUACAGUCGGAGAUGGAACAGGAACGUUUCCGAGCUGAUCUGAGCAGAUGUGUGAAUAUGCAGAUGGCCUUCAAAGUUCAGCUCAGAGUUUUUGUCAGUAAAGAGAUGCGCAUAUCUGGUUGCUAUGGCUCCUUCAUCGCUGGUCCUGACUCCUGCUGUGUUGCCAUGGCAGCGCUUGAUUGGCGCACAGCUCUGGCAUUUGAGUUCACUCACAACAAGUCUUUGGAUGAAAUGAGGGGUGUAGCCAUACAGUUUGUACUGUCAUACAGUAGCUCCUCCGGAGAGAACAGGACACGGAUACACACCGUUAUUCUGUCCGCUUCCCGUCAACCACUAGACACCUUUAGAAGCAGCCAGGCCGAGACGCUCCUCACGUUCUACUGCAAGAAAAUGUAUUCAUUAACACUGGAGAGUCCACUGCAGUCGCUGCGCGAGGAGUUACAGACGGAGGUUACUGAGAUGUUGGCUUGCUUCAGGAAACAAAGCUGCACUACCUCUGUGUCCCCAGGACAGCUGGUGCUGCCUCAGUUUCUGAAAGCUGUACCUGUCUACAUUAACAGUCUGCGCAAAAGCGAGGUGCUGCUGCCUGGGCUGCGGAGCUCUGUACAUCAGCGACUACAACUGCGUAGCCUCAUUGUCUCCAUGGACACGCUGAGCACUGUUUCUCAGUUCUACCCACUUAUUCUGCCUCUGUCUGUCUCUGCUGAUAAUGCCAACAUGCCAUCAUUAGGGGAAGCCAUGCGCUGUACUGUCUCUAGUCUGGAUCCAGGGGGUCUGUAUCUGAUCUACUGCCCACUGGCACUGCUCCUUUGGGUGGGCAGCCGUGUGCCUCCUCACACUCUUCUACAGCUUUUCAACACCAACUCCUUCUCCUACCUCACAUCUGGAGAGAUCAAACUUCCAGUGCUUGAGAACUCCCUCUCCAUCAGCACCAGAGCCCUCAUAUGCUCACUGCAGUCCUCAGCAGCUGUUACUCUCCAGCUAAAACUGGUGCGGGAGGGUGAUAGCUGUGAAGAGUCUCUGCAGCGCCUCCUGGUGGAGGAUAAGAGUCCUAACGGUGGAGCUUCAUACGCUGACUUCCUUUUUCACCUUCAUGUCAAUGCAUUGCGUCUUAUGGUGUGACAGUGUCUUCUCAUAUACAUGGCUGUGGAAUAUUUGUCAAAUCCUUUGUGAUAGUUCAGUCCCAAUGUGGUUUACUUUUUGUUCCCUCGAUAGCCAUUGCUGCUGUUCUUAAAUCUAUUAGGAAAAAGAAUUCUGUCUGGAUUUACCAUGCAUUUACCUCCUGAAAUAUUUACAUUUUACAACUUUAGUAAAUGCAAAUUCGAUGUGACUAGAUUGUUUUUUGGAGAAAUGCUGAAUACUAAGAUUAGUCCUUUAAUUUUUAAGGGCUCAGAUUGACUGAAUACUGUUUGAACUCCCAUCAAAGACUCAGUGAUUAAUGAUUCUCUAUUUGAAGUGUGUGUGUGUGUGUGUGUGUGUGUGUGUGUGUUAGCUUCUGGACACGGAUUUGAUUUAACAUUUGCUCUUGUGUCAUGAAUAUUGCACUCUGAAUUGAAUUCAUGAAUUUGCCCAACUGGCAGUGGUGAGUUAGAGUGUGCAUGUUAAUAUUUUUCAAGCAAUAAUAUAUUCAUUGAAUUUUUGGUCUUAUUACGCCUCAAUAUUUAAUGUCUUGAUAAAACUCCUGAUGUUUUUCAAAGGGCCAUCAACAUGUGGACCUAACACUUUACAGUUUUAAUCAUUUACGUAACAUUUCUUUUGUAUGAAGAAGAUACUUUUCUCUCCAAAAAUGAAUAAAUAACUAUAAAUGUGUGAUUGGCUCUGAAUCAUUCUCGGCCGAAUCUCUUUAGCAUUGAUCUUCUUUCCAAUGUAUGUUCUUGUGAAUUUCUGCCCUCCUCCACAGAGAACCGAAAGGCAGUGAGAAACACUUCUAAUGAGUCAUACCAAGUCUAAUUAGUGUAAUUGGGGUUAAUGAUGUUGACAUUGAGCUGAAUAUGAAAUAUCCGAGUGGGCGUCCAUGUUCGUUAUCUAAUGGUUGAAAACACACACA